UAGUGGAUAAGCUUGAGUGUGCAAUUCAAAGCCCAAGUUCGAAGCAGGACCAAUUCGCAUCCCACUCAUCCUAUUGUUGCUUGAAAAGGAAAAAUGAUCGUGGGUUUUUGUAGGAAGCCUUAAACCCAGAACUUUGAGCUAAUCUUUUUGUUGAUAUUUUCAUAACAGCCUUACAGAUAGGAAGGAAAAGGAAGAGGAGGAAGAAGAAAAAGCCGCUCCGGUUCUGUGUAAAUGCUAAAGACAGUACCAGCAGCAUCAUCUUUAAGGAAUCCGUCUCAGAGGGGUGCAUGUUUAGAUAUCAUGGAAUUUCCAAGGUCUCCAUUAUCAUCCCUGAGUCUGUGUCCUCUUUAUUUGAAGUUUGAUAACAAAUGGGUUCAGAAAGGUAGGCCACUUGUUUCAGGAACUUUCCCUUAUGCCUGUCAGAGGCCUAUACAGUACCCUUCUGGCAAGAAGCCAGGGGCAUAUCCCCAAAAUGUGGAUCUUCCACCAAUACUACCUAAGAAAAAGAAGAAACCUUAUCCCAUUCCUUUUAAGGAGAUCCAGAAAGCUGCAAGGAAGGAUAAGAAACUCGUUGAGAGGGGUAUAGAGAAGCCACUUCAGCCUCCAAAAAAUGGAUUACUUGUUCCUGAACUUAUUCCUGUCGCAUAUGAGGUGCUAGAUGCAUGGAAAGUCUUGAUCAAAGGCCUUGCACAGCUUUUGCAUGUCAUUCCUGUUUAUGGUUGCAGUGAGUGCUCUGAAGUUCAUGUGGCUCAUGCUGGUCACAAUAUUCAGGACUGCAAUGGUCCAUUUAGCUCAAACCGACAUGGUUUACAUUCGUGGGUCAAAGGUUCCAUUGAUGACAUUCUUAUUCCCAUAGAGUCAUAUCACCUUUAUGAUCCUUUUGGCCGGCGCAUCAAGCAUGACACACGGUUUGAACACGACAGGAUUCCAGCAGUUGUGGAGCUAUGCAUCCAAGCUGGUGUAGAGAUACCAGAGUACCCUUCAAGACGAAGAACCCAGCCCAUUAGAAUGAUGGGAAAGAAAGUAAUUGAUCGAGGUAGAUAUGUUGAGGAGCCUAAGCCACAGUGCUCAGUGGAUCCAUCCUUGUCCUCAAUUGUUGAUCUCGACGCAUGUGGAGCUUCCGGGCGAUUCCCACCUCCUCGAAUAGAAGAUGUACCUAGCAUUGCACAGGAAACAAUGAAUGCACAUGAGAUUGUUCGAUCCGGAGUGACAAAGUUGAUGGGGAAAUACACAGUAAAGGCAUGUGGAUAUUGCUCAGAGGUUCAUGUCGGGCCAUGGGGUCACAGUGCUAAACUUUGUGGAGCAUUUAAGCACCAAUGGAGAGAUGGGAAGCAUGGUUGGCAGGAUGCCACAGUUGCUGAAGUUUUCCCACCAAAUUAUGUUUGGCAUGUUCAAGAUCCAAAGGGACCUCCCUUGAGGGGUGCAUUAAAGAGAUUUUAUGGCAAGGCUCCAGCUGUGGUUGAAGUUUGCAUGCAAGCUGGAGCUCAAAUCCCUAACAGAUAUAAGCCCAUGAUGAGGCUUGACAUUAUAGUCCCUGAAAGUGAGGAGGCUAGCUUAGUUGCAUAGUAGGAUCUUCAAAUUUGUUGACAGUCAAUUUUUCUGCUCUGUCCUUUGAACUUUGAACUUUGAAUUAAUUGUUCAUAUUCUUAUUAUAAUUUAGUGGCUAAAGAUGGAGAAGUCAUAGUCAGUGCUCCAUUUAUAUAUAUAUAUAUUGAAGUCAAUAUUUUGGAUCAUAUCAACUCUGCAGCCUCACCAUGCUAUUAUGGUAUAAGCUAUUUAUUUAUGGAUUUAAUU